UUUUUAUCCAGUUAACUCCAGCUGCAUCUCAUAUUUUCAAACAUGAAUACACUCCGGGUUCUUGGUCUGCUGUUGGUAUGUCAACUUGCUCUCGCCAUCGAGUCGGCACCGUAUACCGUCGUUAACUCGGCUGAGGCCUACGAGGAGCGUGUGUAUCCCGCGCAAAAAUGGAUCACCACAUCCAUUCUCUCUAUCUCCCACGACGAGGCCACCAGCAUCACCUUCUACAGGCUCUUUGACUACAUUGACGGUCAGAACGAAGAGGGCAUGAAGAUCGACAUGACAGCCCCUGUGACCACGCUGGUCAUCCCCGGAGAAGGACCCAACUGUGAGAACAACUUCACCGAAAGCUUCUACAUUCCUUCAGCCCACCAAGCCAACCCACCAAAACCCUCCAACCCUGACGUAUACAUCGAAGAGCGACCGGAACUGCACGUCUUCUCCAGGAGGUUCCACGGGUUCGCCAACGACGAGGACUGGAUCGUCAACGCCGCGCAGCUUCAUGACGACUUGGUGGCAGCCGGAGAGGAGGGCGUCGACUUCCAGACCUACUACACUGUUGGCUACGACUCUCCCUUCGUUGUCGUCGACCGCGACAACGAAGUAUGGUUCAUGAAGAAGUGAGGGGACUCAUCACCAGGGACGCUAAGAUAUUAUCAUGUUUUGUGUGUGCUCGUGUCUGUAAAUUAAUUUUGUCAUAAAUUUACUACUGUUA